GUAGUGGAUAUUAGUAACUAAAAGUAUGUUCUUGAUUUUGCUUGGAAAUGAUAUUAACAACUGCACCCCCUCCAACCUCCACCCCAUCCCAAAACAAAAACAUUGUAAGUGUUAUAUAAUUGAGAAACAGUUGGACAGUAAAGGUCAACCUAUUUUCCUUAAACAUUAAAGAAGCAUGAGUUACUUAUAAUCCCUUUGAAAGAACACAAGGAUUGCGUUGAAACAAACAGUCCCCAACUUCUGCAACGUUAUAAACUCCUCAAUCGAAAUGUGUAUUCCUAACAUAGAAAUAAAAAUGCAAAAGUGCGAAAGGAUUCAACAUUAAACUACAAUUCAUUAGGCCUGUGGAACUCAAAAUCCAAUUCCACGAGCACGAAAAAAUGCAGCAAAGUAUGAAAGCACCAUUUCGGGAACUGUCAUCGACUCCUGACAUUUUAGGUAGUACAGCCACAAGAAGCCAGCCCAAAAAUGACCUAGAAAAUGGAGAUUCAAUGCUAAAUGAAACUGUCUUCAACUCUCUUCAUAAAAUCGACAAAAGUCUUGUGCGUAAGGUAUUGGCAGAGGCAUUAGGGACAUUCGUGCUAAUGUUCUGCAUUUGCGCGAUCAUAGCAAUAAUGCAUUUAAUCGGAUUGGAAGCAGGCCUAAUGGAAUAUGCAGCCACAGCAGCACUAACAGUAACUGUUAUAGUUUUCUCCAUAGGAGCAAUUUCUGGAGCCCAUGUCAAUCCUGCUGUCACAAUUGCCUUCGCAACUGUCGGCCCAUUCCCAUGGUCCGAGGUUCCACUCUAUAUAUUGGCACAAAUUGGGGGAUCUACUUUGGCAACUUAUAUUGCAAGAUUAGUAUAUGGCAUUAGAUCAGAGCUUGUGAUGACCAAACCACUCCAAGGAUGCACUGCAGCUUUCUGGGUGGAGCUUAUUGCAACUUUCAUAAUUCUUUUCCUCACUGCAUCCUUGUCAAAUGACCCUCAAUCUAUAGGACAGGUGUCUGGCUUUGUUGUCGGGGUGGCCAUUGGACUAGGAGUGCUAAUUUCUGGGCCUGUUUCAGGUGGGUCGAUGAAUCCAGCGAGAUCGUUAGGACCUGCACUUGUUUCAUGGAAAUUUGAUGAUCACUUAUGGAUAUAUUUAGUAGCACCAACUAUAGGAGCCAUUGCUGGUGUUUUUGUGUACCGGAUUUUACGACUACAAGGUUGGUCUUGUGAGUCGAGUCAAGCCCGAAAAGGAAGUGAUUCUUUACAUUAGGUUGUAGCAUAGGCCAGCACGGUCGUUUCGAUUCUUUAUCUUCCUUGUACGCUUGCAUUUACGUCUAUGAGUGUUCAAAUUUCCAAAUGUGUUUACGAAUCAAAUUUUGUCUAAUCUUAUGUGAAAACAAAGCCUUAAUCGGACAGUCUCUAUUUAAAUUGCUUUA